UCUAUAAUCUACCAUGUCAACUUCAAAAAAACAUACUUCACAGGAUUUAUUAGAAGAAAACGAUUCUACCCUUUUACCAAACAAGAAACAAAAACUUGAUACAACUCUUGUAGAUAAUAAUAAUGAUUCAUUACCGUCUAAUACAAUCUCUUCAAAGUUAGAAGAAUCGAAAAUUCCUGAUGAAAAUGUUGAACAAGAAAUAAAAGAAAUAAUACCUGAUAUUUUAAAUAAAAAUUAUAUAGAUCCAGAUUUUGUUACAAGAUUUUAUUCUGCUUUUAAAAAAAACCAAACUUUUACCGAUGAAAUUUCACAAGCUAUAAUUUAUAAUUUACCAUUUCCUAUAGCACUUUUACCAAAUAUAUUUGAUAAUGAAUUUCUUUCUAAUGUUAAAGAUGAAGUCAAAGAAUUAGAUUUUGAUAAUAAAUCUAAUGAUCUCUAUGAAUUUCAUCAAAGUUCUGAUUUAAAGAUUUGUGAAAAGCCUCAUCUUUCUAAAUUACGUGAUACCAUUUAUUCUGACGUUUUCGUCAGUACUAUGUCUAAUUUAGUGGGAUUUGAUUUAGAUUAUACUCCUGAUUUGUCCGUUCAUAAAUAUGAAAAAGGAAAUUAUCUUUUGUGUCACGACGAUGAUAUUAAAGAUGAUGCUUUCAUGCACGGAAGGAUAAUUGCUUUUAUAAUUUAUUUGGUAGAUGAAGAUUGGUCAAAAGAUGAUGGUGGCGCUUUGGAAUUAUUUAACAUAAAUUCUCAAAGUCAUCCGGAUGAAAUAUCACUUUCAAUUACUCCAAAAUGGAAUACGAUUGCUUUUUUUGCACUCAGUCCUACAUCAUAUCAUCAAGUAUCUGAAGUUAUUUCUUCAACAAAAAUUCGUUAUUCAAUUUCUGGAUGGUUUCAUGGUCCUUUAAAUACUAGAUUAUCACGUGCAGAAUUCAUAGCUCCCGUCCCAGAAGUAUUUGAUCUUAAAGACUUUAUAAGUCCUGUUUAUUUAAAUGAAAAAAAUAAACAAAGAAUAUUAAAAAAAUUACAAAAGGAUUCUUAUAUUUUAUUAUCGAAAUUUUUACGAGAUGAUGUUUUUGAUAAAUUAAUAACGAGUAUAAGAGAAACUGGAUGGGAAGAAAAACCUACAGGACCUCCUUUUAUAAGAAAAUAUCAUCUUCUUAAAGAUUCAGAAAUUGAUAAUUUUAAGGAUAAUAAUAAUAAUAAUAAUAAUAUUAAAGAUUAUAAGGAUUCAUCAUCAUCAUCUUUUUGUAAAUAUGUUUAUGAUUUCUUUAAAUCAAAAUCAUUUGCAAUUUUUAUCAAUGAAAUUUCAAAUUGGCAAAUUACAGCUGUAGCUCGAGAAUUUCGACAAUUUCAACCUGGUAACUAUACUUUAAUUCAUGAUCAAGGUCAAGAUAGAAUUGGAGCAGAUGUCACAUUAUUUUGUAUUGAAGGUGAAUGGGAUGAAAAAUGGGGAGGUGGAACUCAUUAUGUUGCUGAUGAGCAUGAAUUAUUGGCUAUUUAUCCAGAGAAAAAUAUGUUAAGUAUUGUAAUUAGAGAUGCUGGUACUUUAAGGUUCGUUAAAUAUGUUAAUUCUCAUGCAGCUUUUCCAAAAACGGAAAUGUCUUUUAUUUACUGGGAUGAUGAUGAUGAUAAAGGGGAAGAGGAAGGAGAUGAAGAAGUUGAAGACAUUGAAGGAGGAGUUGAAGACAUUGAAGGAGGAGUUGAAGACAUUGAAGGAGGAGUUGAAGACAUUGAAGGAGUUGAAGACAUUGAAGGGAUUGAAGACAUUGAAGAAGAAGUUGAAAAAAUUGAAGAGAUUGAAGAAGGAGAAGGUUGAAAAGAAGUUGAAGAAGUUGAAUAAGAAGUUGAAGGGGUUGAAAGAGUUGGAGAAG